AACUCAACUCCCAACCGAUGUGGGACUUUGGCAUUUUGCCAAACUUCAACACUGGAAAAGAUGACCCUUGUUGAGGUUGGUCCAAGAUUCUGCUUGAACCCAAUUAAGAUAUUUGGUGGUAGCUUUGGUGGUAGCUUUGGUGGCCCCACCCUCUACGAGAAUCCAUUUUACGUUUCACCAAAUCAGAUCCGAUCUUUAGAGAAAAAACAGAAGGCCGGGAAAUAUGCUAAGAAAGUCAAAGCCAAGACUAGGAGAAAAAUGCAUCAGUUGUCAAAUCCUCUAGAAGUCGAUGAGUUUGCUGAUAUGUGGAAGGAAUGAUGAAUCAUUGGCCAAACGUAGCAACUUUUUGGUUUUGCCGUUGUUUAUUUUUUAAUCACUGGACGCAUUGGGAAAUGAGAGCAUCGCCAAGAUGCUGCAGUUUUGUUCUAAUAGAACUUAUGUUUGCUAUCCUUUUAAACCAUCUUCAGAUUGUUUUAUUUUGCAGUGGGAAAGCGUUACACGGUGUAAAAAUGCCCUUAAUUUCAUUCUGCAGUUUUCUAUUAUCAUUUCUCU